UAAAUCACGAUUUCAUUGCAGAAACUCCCUUUCCAACAACUUCCGCCAGGCUAUUCCGACGACCCGUUCGAACAAUGAACCGCCUUUCCGCUGUAUUGGCCUUCUUGCCACCCGUGUUUGCCACCCCGCUGGUAAAGUCUGCGCAGGGGGCCCAGGCAGUGAAUGUUCAGCUUCAGGUUAACAAAAUAACCUCUGAAGCCGCUGUCGACAUUUGGAAUAGUGACAAGGCCGAGAUCUUAGCUCAUUCAUGCUCUCAUUCUCUCACCUCCGGCCCCUUUGUGGGCAUGCCCCUUGCCUUCGCUGUCAACGAGAACGGAGCAGGCGAGCUCAGUAUCGGCUCGGAGAUUUAUACCAUUUAUGACGACGCUGAGGUCUCUGGUGGUAUUGUUUGUGGACGUAUUGCCAGCACUGACGAGCUUGGUGUCAGCUGUGACGUCUCUGUCCCGGCGUCUAUACAACUGAAGAGUCUGACGAAAAGCGAUCUUCAAGAUUGCUUUCCUCGUGGCCCCGUCGAGCUAUCUAGCUUCAUCAAGGGAGUGGAGGGUGCCACAACGAGUGACGCCGCUUGGGCUGUAGAUAAUUUCACCCUACACCAGGCGGACAUCACAACACCCUCUAACGACAAACGGCAGGGGUCGUGCGGUAGUUGGACUCCACGGACGUAUUUGGUUGGCAAUGGUAAUCCUCAUCAGAAUCCGCUCAACAUUCAAAUCAGACCCCAUGUCCUGCAGCUCACGUCCCUGUACUAUCGGGUAUGGGCAAACUCGCUCUUUCAGCAUCGGUUGGAUCGCGAGCGGAUCAAUCACGCAGUGGAUCAGCAGUGGCUUCGCCGUGGAAGCGUCAGUCGAGACGGGAAACACAUACGAAUGCGAUGGCGAGGCCAACGACUAUAUAGCAGUCUGGAAGAAAGUUGGCCAAACCGCGUACACGGUCCAGAACGGAGUGUACAAUCGUUGUACUGGCGGGUUGCAGUCUGGCCGGAAAUACAUCAUCUGGUCGCCAAAUGCGAACAACCGCGGCACCUCUUACUACUGUGUUUGUCACGGCGUACACAAGUGAGCAAGGGCGAGCCUGGCAAUUGUACCUAAUAACGAAAAUACAAUUAAAAGUGAAGAACUAAUCUAGGGUACGCUCCCACGGAGGGAGCAGUGGUCUUUAUAGGCGUGGGGUACCUCCAUCGCUGUUGUCGUUGCAUUUACAUAGUCCUGGUGGUAAGAGCCGCUCUAGCCAAUUAAUAGGGGUAUAUCCUAGAAACUUGGCAGCUCCUAUUCUAGAACUUAGUAGAUUAGUAAAUGGUAGGAGAUCCUCUAGAAGUAGAUCCUAUAAUAGUAGAUCCUUUAAUUCUAUAAUAGGGUUAGUAUAUAAACU